AUGGCAAGAAGGAAUGCAAUUCGACAAAAGAAAAGUUUUCUUGAUGAUGAGCAAACAAAAGAUGCUUUAAAAAUUCUCGGCAAAUAUGUGAAAGUGAAAUAUGGAGGAAUGAUUGGUGGACUAAAUGGAUCAAAUGCUAAUCUGAUGCGAAAUGAUUCUGAGCAAUUCCCCCCUUUGUCAAGAGCCAAAACAGCUGAACGUCAGCCAACAAUCGCCUCAACUCCAUUCUCAGAAAAUGGCCCACUCAGUCCACAUUAUUCCGAAGGACCGAGUGUUAAAGAAGAGAUUAAAUUUGAUCGAAAUCGUGAAUCUCUAGCUCAAUACAUUCGACGUUUAAUCGUUUUUUUCUACAAUUAUUUAGGCUUACAACAUUUACUAUUACUAUUUAUUUUAAUCUGUUAUGCAUUAAUUGGUGGAUACGUUUUUCAAACAUUAGAGGAACCGUUUGAAAAGAAAUUGUUACUGGAAAAGGCAAAGAUUUCUUUGGAAUUUCGAUUUGAAACCGCUCAAAAACUCGUCGAUUUUGUGAAAAUGGGAAAUUGCUCAAAAAAAUUAGUAUCACGAAAUUUCGAUAAAAAUCUUUCAAUGAAUCGAUCGAUCAGUGAUUGUGAAUGGAAAAUGAUUGAAAUGAUUCGGGAAUUUGAGAAAGCAUUGAAGAAACAAUGGGGCAUCAAUGAACAAUGGAAAUGGGACUUUUGGAAUGCUGUUUUUUAUUCGGGAACAUUGUUCACGACGAUAGGAUACGGCAAUCUUGCUUGUCGAACAGAUUACGGUCGUCUUGCCACAAUUCUUUACACUUUACUGGGUAUUCCAUUGAUGUUAAUGGUUCUAGACUCACUUGGAAAAGCGAUGUUUACAUGGAUCCAAAUCAUUUAUCUCAAUUUUAGACGAAAAUUGAGAAAUCGAGUGCGAACAGUGAAGAAAGUUUAUUUGAAACGAUCAGCUACAGUUGAAUCUGUGUCUUCUGAUGAAGUGCAACCAUUUAAAUCGCCAACAGAAUGUGAAGAUUUAUUCAAAACUUUCCCAUUGAAAUUAGCAAUUCCUAUCAUUUUUCUCUACUGUUUUAUUUGUUCAUUAAUCUUUUGCAAAUGGGAAGAUGAAUGGGAUUACUUCACCUCUUUCUAUUUCUUUUUCAUAUCUUUAACAACAGUUGGAUUGGGUGAUGUCAUGCCACAACAUCCACGUUUUGCUUCUGCCCUUUUCCUUGCUUUCAUCAUUGGUUUGGCGCUCGUUUCAAUGUGUGUCUCGUUAAUGCAUCAACGAGUCGAAAAUCGCUACAUGGCCGCCCUUCAACUCAUCGAUCAAGAACACCUUGAAGCUCUCGAAGCACAACGGGAGAAUGAAGGAGAUGUUGAUGGAGAGACACCAAAGCCGACAAUUGCACAUAGAAAUGACGUCAUUUUGAGAGCAUAUCGAAAGAAUUCGAUUCGAUUGUCGACCACAUCGUUGAAUGAAUUGAAAGGAGGAGGAGGGAAUGGAAAUGGACAACAAAGGGGAUCAAUGUUUGGGAUUAAUAUUUCAGCUUGGCUUGCUUCUACACCCAACUCAAUCAGAUACAGAAAUAGCCCAUCAACGGAAAGCAAUCGAGAAUCUUGUAUUUCACCGGAUAAUGGCCCACCAAGUGCAAUUCUUGGCUUACUGCACUCAUUCUCUCGACAAACUUCUCUAAGCAAGAAUUUAAAACAAUAUCGAUCUGAGAAUAUAAGUCGACCGAAUAGUUUACGACCGUUCUCUUUCAAUUCGGAGAUGGAUUUGAUGUCAAGCGAUAGAUCCCCAUUGCCUACUCCAGAUUUUUCCCUUCUCACUCCCGGCUCUUCUCGUUCAACCGCUUCCGCUCCAAAUCUCACUCAAAAUCGUCAAUCAACUCAACCACUUUCUGUGAUAACAGAAGGAGAAGAAGAUUCACUUAUAAGUAGAGGAAAUUCAAGAAAAAAGAAAUCAUUGAAACGACAAACAAGUGAGGAAAAGGAAUCUCUUGAUCAAACUCAACCACAAUUAUUACCACCAUCAGAAGGAAGUUUGGCAAGAAGACGAAGCAUUGAUCCUCCAAAAUCUUUGAGUUUAUCUGUUGAGCAUCGAUCUGAAUCAAUCAGUGAUCGAUCAGUUGAA